CUGAAAAGGUAAAAUACGACCGUUUAAAGAAGCUCUAUCGAGUGUCCUAUCGAGGACCUUUGGAUCAAUUCGUUCCUUAGGGAUAAAGCGAGCAGGAAGCGACCUCAUUUUUUCGUGUGUUCCCAGAGCAAACAACUCAUGGCCUCAUUGCGGUCUCUGCAACAAGAAGAUCACUCUUGACAAGGAAAUAUUCAUGUUUGGAGAUACUCCUUUUUGCUCGGAGAAUUGCAGAGCCGCUGCAAUUACGGCAGCAAAACAUCUUUUAGCUAAUUGAUUUACUAUUCCCUCAGGAAUGUUUAUAAUUUUCCAAAUUGUUCUAUAAUAAGUGUGUCCCUAAAAGUUCAUUCGAACUUGUUUGUUGAAUAUAGGUUUGCAAAUGGACUUCCUAUGCCUUAUGGGGAAGGGUGGUCCGUGGGGUGAAUGGAUUCUUCAAAAGAUAUUCAAAAAGAGGAGUGGAAGUGGUGCGCACCAUUUCCACUCCUCUUUUCUGUACGGAUUUCUCCUUCUUGUCAUUUUAUGUUCCGAUCUGUUAUUUCUCGUCACAAAGUUCUCUCGGUUCUCACUCUUGGCGCUGCUGCGUCUGCGCUGCCAUUGGUGAAAGAAGAAAAUCGUGUAAAAGUGCAAGACUUUGGCAUCCGUUUACACCGCACCACCUACUUUGCAAGGACUGUGGGUUCGAUUAUAUUCGAUUACUGGUGGUCUUUUCGCAAUCUAGAGGAUGGCACACCCGAAGAACAAGAAAUGGAACACAUUGUGAAUCAACGGAGUGCUGAACACCUUUUCCGAAUGUGCGACCAUCUAGGAGGGUACUUUGCCAAAUUUGGUCAAAUCAUUUCAACUUUUGAUAAGGGUGUUCCUCCCGAAUAUGUAGAGGUGCUGAAGCAAUGCCAAGAUCGAUUAACCCCCACCUCCUUUUCUGUGUUUGAGCGUACUCUGAAAGAGGACCUCGGAGUUAAUUCCCAAUCCAUUUUCCGCGACGUGGACGAGAAUCCCGUCGGCUGCGCCUCCCUCGCCCAAGUUCAUCAUGGUCAUUUAGUCACGGGCGAGGAAGUCGCCAUCAAGAUCCAGUACCCCACCGUCGCCAAGAAUACGCAGACGGAUCUCCGAAACAUCGAGCUGGCGACGCGCAUCUGCGAGCGCCUGUUUCCCCGCUUCCAAUACUCCUGGAUCGUUCCGAAAAUCCGCGCGACGGUCGAGCGCGAGUUCAACUUCCUCAGCGAGGCGGAGAAUCUUCGCGACUGCCGCGCGUUCUUCGCGGAAACGCCCUCGGUGUACGUGCCGAAGCCGUAUUUGGAGCUGUGCACGAAGCGGAUCGUGGUGAUGGAGUACAUCCACGGCACCAAAAUCAGCGACGUGGCGGCGCUGGAGCGCGAAGGCUUCGACAAGACGGAGAUCGGACGGAUCUGCGUGCAGGCGUUCAGCGACAUGAUCUUCCGGUUUCAUAAGCUGCACAUGGAUCCGCACUCCGGAAAUCUGAUGGUGCGACGCAUCCCGGGGACGGAGAAGCCGCAGCUGGUGCUGCUGGACCACGGGAUGUACAUGUAUUUUGGCGAAGGGUUCAAUGAGAACUUCCGAAAACUGUGGUUUGCGAUGAUCAACCAGGAUAAGGAGGCGAUUGUGGAGGCGAGCAAGGUGUGGGGCGUCGAGAGAGAGGCGGAGCUGCUUCCGAUGAUCUUCACGGGGCGAACGACGCGAAUGCGGAAUAAACUGGGCGAGGAACUGACCGAAGAAGAGAUCCAGAAGGUCCGGAUGAAGAUGAUCGAGCGAAUGCAGCACGCGGAUAAGAAGAAAAUGGAGGAGCGGAUGCAGCGGAUGCAGGAGUUCGUGAAGAGCCUCCCGUUGGAGCUUUUCUCGGUGAUGCGCGUGCAGAUUAUGGUCGGGAUGGGGGAGAGGAGUGAGGAGUAG